GUUGCUUUGAGGAACAUAUCAUUGCAGAAGGGAACUGUAAAUGCCUUCAUUACGGGGGAAGCUCUGCCCCGCAAAAUCAAACUCGUUGGUGGUAAUGCUAGUUUUGGGCGAGGCUACCAUUCAAUGUCAAUAAAUCUGCAUGGCAAGGCAGAAAUGAGGCAUCCGGACUCCACCAAAUGCACGAUGCCAACCCCAAAUGCUGUUCGCCAUCUCAGGUUUGUGACGCCUGGCCUGCACAAGGGCCUACAGAUUGUCUUCCCAGCAGACAUCACCAGAUCUGUCAGCCAGCCCAUAGGCACCAUAGCUGAGGCAGCACCCUCUUCAAGCCCUAAAUGGGCUGGAUCGAUUGCAGAGCGGCACAAGGCUGAGAACUCAGGCACAGAAGGCACACUGGCAAAGAAGAUGAAGAUCAGCUCCACAAGCAAGUGUGCAGAUAGCAACACUGGUGCUGGGGCUCCAGGGUCCAUGUCAUUGUAUUCCUCAAUGCAUGACAUGCCACAACGCAUUGGGCCAAGGGUGGCAAGACCCACGGAUGUGCCACUCAGGGCUCAGAAGAGUACGAGGGAUUUUCAAAGAGGAGCAGCCUCUGAGAAAGGCAGGGCACCUGUUGUGGACAGCCACCUUGGCUUCAUAAUGUUGCAUUGUAUCGGGCAAUGA